CUCCCGCUCCAAUUAUUUCGAGCUAAAAAAAACCAAAAGAGCACCCCCAGCAACCACCACUUCCCAUCGCCCGAUCCCCCUUUCUCUCUAGGGUUUUCUCCGAUCGCCGCCGCCCUCUCCGGAACCCAAGUCGAAUUCUAGAUCUUGAACCUGAUCGCUCUCUCUUGCGCCAGCCUGGGACGAUUUGCGGGGCUCACGGCCUCCUUUCUGCGUCCGCUGAUCUCAGAUCGAUGUGGUUUUGGAUCAGAAGGUUCCGUUUGUGGAUUUGAGGAUUGUUUUCUUGAAAUUUCUCGUAUCCAUGCGUUUUUUCCCUGGAGCCAUUAGCCAAACCGAGCCUAAAAUUGGGAUGAUCGGAGCCCUGGUGCGAUUUUUGGAGGAAAGAAAUUGCAUCAGAAACCACGUAGGGAGUCUUACUAUUUUCGACUUCUGUUUCAAAUAGACUACGUCUUGGAAAAAGAAUUCUUCUGUGUGCCGGACUGCGACACUGCAAUCUUCAUUUUGUAGCCCGCUUUCAAUUCUUUCCCUCUUCGUUUUGUUGCAUGAGAUGUUAUGGUAUUGUGGACACUCAUCAGGCAAGUUAGAUGGUAUGUAAUGCUGGCGUAGACAUUUUUUGUCGAUCGGACAAAGAAAACAAGGGUUCCACUACCAAGGAAGACGGGGUAGAGGGGUCGGGUUGUGCUCAAGGUACGAAGCUUGGUUUGAGCUGCCUAAGAAGCAGGGUUGAUCUAGAGCAGUUGUAAAGAUGAUGGUGGAUUCUGGUCUAGCUGUGGAGCCUGGAGCUGCCACUGAUUUAACACCCAAAAAGGAACGUGUCGGCAAUGGUGAUUAUGCUAGUGGAAGAUGGAAAAGUGAGGAUGGAAGUUUAACUUGUGGAUACUCCAGCUUCAGGGGAAAAAGAGUGAGCAUGGAGGACUGCUAUGAUCUAAAAUCAGCUAAGAUUGAUGGACAGACAAUUUAUCUUUUUGGAAUAUUUGAUGGGCAUGGUGGUUCACGUGCUGCUGAGUAUUUGAAGGAGCACUUGUUUGACAACCUUACAAGACAUCCAAAGUUCAUGACACACACAAAACUUGCAAUAAGUGAAACAUAUCGUAGAACUGAUUCAGACUUUCUAGCUGCUGAAAGCAAUACUUCCAGAGAUGAUGGUUCUACAGCAUCUACAGCUGUUCUGAUAGGCAAGCGCUUAUAUGUAGCUAAUGUUGGAGAUUCACGUGCUGUGAUAUCAAAGACAGGAAAAGCAAUCCCUCUCUCUGAUGAUCAGAAGCCAAACAGAAGUGAUGAACGCAAGAGAAUUGAGGAUGCUGGAGGAGUUGUCAUGUGGGCUGGUACUUGGAGAGUUGGAGGCAUAUUGGCAAUGUCACGAGCGUUUGGUAACCGCCUUCUGAAACAAUUUGUUGUAGCAGAGCCUGAGAUUCAGGAACAAGUGGUGGAUGAAGAAUUGGAAUUUCUGGUUUUGGCCAGUGAUGGGCUGUGGGAUGUGGUAACAAACGAGGAGAUUUAUACUAUUCUUGGAAGGGCCUCAGUUGCUGAUAGGUGCUGUAAAGUUUCGGUUCUUGACAUCAUGAAGUAGUUGCACUCCAGUUGGCAGUUCUCUGACAUCAGACUCCUCCGGAAGGAUGCUGUUUCGCUUGUGAGAGUGGAAGACGAACCUGAGGCUGCAGCUCGCAAGUUAACAGAGACUGCCUUCUCUUGUGGCAGUGCAGACAACAUCACAUGCAUCGUAGUCAGAUUCCAUCAGGAAAAUCUUGACGGGGAAUCUCCACCUCCAGCAGGAACACUAGAUUGAAGUAUCACGAAGACGGCACAGAUGCAGUUUUCCAUCUUUGCUUUUUGAUGUCCACUACGUACCUGCCAGUCAAGAUGUUUGCGGAAAUCUCCCCGGUCAGCAACCAACAGGUGGGCAUGUUAUCGAGCCUAUCAGAUGAUCAUUCCAGGCCUAGUUUCAUUUGUUAAUUUAUUCUUCAAAGCCAUAGGAACAUUCUGAUCAUGACAUCUGCAAUUGUUUUUGGUGUUGCCAAACGGGUCUAAACAGCAACUUUAUCAGCAGAA